AUGACAAAGUCGAAUAAAGUCAAAGCAGAGGAAGACGGUCAACAAACCACAUAUACAUUGGAUAUGCCGAAUAAAGAUCUGGUAUUUCAAUCACAAAUUAAUACAAUUGAACCAUUUACAGGGAAAUCAACACAAAAUGCACAACAAUGGAUUUCACAUGCUACUAAUGUAUUACAAAUACAAGGAUUCAACGAUACACAUGAAUUAACAAAUUUAUUAAGUGGAUUCCUUGAUGGAGAAGCCCUGAACUGGUUUCAGGAUAACAAAGCAACACUUACUGAAUGGAAAGAGUUAUACACGGCUCUUACCCAACGAUUUCCAUCACCACCAUCAUUCACCAACACCUUUGAAUAUUUUCAACAGCUAUCCAACCGUCGACAAGGUCUUGAUGAACCAACUGCCGAUUAUUAUGCACAUGUAUUGAAAUUAUGCAAUAAAUACAAUCCAUUAAUGUCAGAUGCUGAACGUGUUGAUCAUUUGAAAAAAGGAUUACGACCUUCUCUACUUGAAAAAGUUCUUGAUCGUGAUCCAGUCAAUCCUGCUCAAUUUAUAGCAGUGGUACUCAAGGCAGAAUCAAAUCAACGUAUUCUUCAAGUACAAGUCGAAACUGGUCCAACAUCAAACAACAACAACAUCACAAGCUUCACAUCUGAUCGACCUCAACAAGUAUCCAAUUUUCACAAUCAACGAUCAUACGAAGAACCACGACAACCUCGACAACAACGAUGGUCUAAUCACCAACAACAACAACAGCAACACAAGCAGAAUGGAUCGUAUGGCGGUCCAACAUGUUACACAUGUGGAAAAAAAGGACAUAUUUCACCUGCUUGUCAUUUAAACUGGGCAUGA